AGCUAACAGCUGAUUCAACUGUCACCUCCAUUACUCGCUGUCAGGGAAUUGGUCAAAUUCUGAUUGUAUCGGUGCUCGAGAUUUCGGUGAUAUUACUCCAUUUUAUAUAGUUGAAAUUCUACCAAAUUUAAUAAAAAAUGUGGUAUGAAAUCUUACCUUCAGCUGGUAUUAUUACCGUCGUGCUCUCAGUCCCCGUAUACGCUAUGUGGGGCCUAAACAAGUUGACUCUGGGCAAUUCCUAUCGCCGCAAUAUGGAUCAGCGUUUCGACCGAGUAUUGUACCAACGUGACAGCAGACUAACCAACAAUCCGUACAUUCAGAAUGGCUUGGAAACCAUUCCAGAUGAAGAUAAAUAAAUGCCGUGUAAAUAUUCAAUUUAAUCACGUAUCUAGUGUAAUGUAAACGAAUAAUAUGUAAUAAAAUAUGUAAAGCCAACCUA